AUGGACGCAAAGGUCGACCUUUCAGUUCCAACUUACGCCGAUCAAUACUAUUGGGGGUUCCAAGCACUCUGCCCUAACGAUAGAGAAGUGCUCUACAACCACUUUCUGGCGACUGCGAAAUUGGGAUUGGAAAACAAACCACAUUGGUGGCCAACCGCCGUUGAUUGGGAUUUUAUUAAUGACGGGGUUUUGGCCACUGUGAAAUCGAGACUGGAAGAGGAACCUGAGUGGUGGCCCACUACUGUUGAAUGGGGCUUCAAAGGUGCCUCAGGUAUGCAAGAAUCCGAGAAAUCCGAAGCCCUAGCAUGCGUUAUGAGAAACUACGACCACCAGGACCUUGCGAGAAUACUCGACAAAAUUAGCGGGGAGCUUUAUACAACAAAUUGUUUCACAAUAGUCGACCGAUUAUUCGCAAUUGGGGACCCUCAAUCUAACAACUCUCAAGAGAUCUUGAGGCCCCAAAACCGAGCCAUCGGCCCAAAGACCGCCUUGCGAGAGUCUCUGCCGAUAAAAAUAUUUGCACUGCGGAAUCAGCAAUCCACGAGUCAUAGCACGUUCCGUAGCGGUCGUCCGGGAUAUGUUGGCUUCCGGAAAAAUACCGUAGCAAGAACUUACGCCACGCCCGUCGAUGUUAGUAGCAAGGCUGCACUCGUAAACCCACUUUACGUGCGGGUGCUAGAGGUCGAAUACCACUGCAGGGAGUUGCAUACAACCCAACCCCAACUCGCAAAUCUCAAGCACGGUUUCUCCAUCGACAUAGCUUCUUACUCCCAACAGGGCGAUCUGUUGCAGUCGCUCCAAGCAAACCAUGCGAAUUCGGAACUGAUUCUGGCAGAUUCUCAAGGUAACAAGAUACCUCUUGAGCCUGUCAUUGGUAUUUGCAUUACCCGUGCUCCCGUGAUUGGCGAGCUGUUUGUCGUCGAGCUCGAAGACCGUCGGAAAACUCAAGAAGCGUCAUAUUAUAUGGCAUAUUCAAUCACCAUGGCCCAAAUUUCCGAAAAUGGGAAGUCCCUUAUUUGCUUUUCGUCGGAUUGGGACAAGGUCUCGAAUACUAUCAUAUCGAUGGAAAUCUUCAAGAGAAGCGCCCAAAUUGGAAAGCAAAGCAUAGCUAAAGUACAAGCUAUUACUACUCUCCCAACUAAACCUAAAGAACAAAAUGCAGAAUCGAAUCACAACCUAUGA